AUGUCAUCGAUAAAAAAUCAAUUUGAAACCAAUCAUAAUGUUUACCUUCAAGAUACGUGGUUACAACCACGUCUUCUUUACCCUGAAAACACAAAUCUCGACAAUAAACGACUUUAUCAAGCAAUUUACAAUGACUUCUUGGAUUCUGACUUAAAUAAAUCCAUGAAGCCACGUCUUCCUCCACUAAUUGAAGAUAUGCACCAAAUUACUAUUGGUGAACAUCAGCCAAUUAUUCUUCAAAUAGCUGACAUAUUUGAAGUUGGUGUUUCUGCACAAUCACUUCUUGAUGUAGUAAAUAGCUACCUGUCAGGUUCUGUGAAACAGGGCCAUAAAUAUAAUGAUAUAAGUGAUAAGCAAUAUGAGACAAUUCAAUUUCCACGGGGUAUGCUUAAGUUUCAAUUAACUGAUGGUUAUCAAUCGGUUGAUGCUAUAGAAUACAAACCUCUUUCAAAUUUGAAUUUACUUACUCCAAUUGGGAUAAAGAUAUCAGUCAGUAAAGCUUUAGUUCUACGAGGUGUCUUACUUCUUGGUCCUGAAAAUAUAACUAUUCUCGGAGGGUUUGCUGAUGAGCAUAGGUCGAUAAAUGCAAUUCAAGUCCGUUUACUGAAGCAAUUAGAUUUGCCUAUCCCAGAUUGUUCUCAAGAAAUUCAACCCAACCAAGAGCCUAAGUCAACAAGUGAAGAUCAACAAACACAAUCAAAUACUAAUUCCACCGAUCUAGCUCCUAAUUUCUUAUACGAUGAUGAUCUUUAUGUGCAAUCAGAUCUGCCUAUCCCAGAUUGUUCUCAAGAAAUUCAACCAAACCAAGAGCCUAAAUCAACAAGUGAAGAUCAAAAAACACAGUCAAAUAUUAAUUCUACCGAUCUAGCUUCUGAUUCCUUCUUCAAUUGCGAUAAUGAUGAUGAUCUUUGUGUCCAAUUAGAUUUUCCUAUCCCAGAUUGUUCUCAAGAAAUUCAACCAAACCAAGAGCUUAACUCAACAAGUAAAGAUCAAAAAACACAAUCAAAUGUUAAUUCUACCAACCUAGCUUCUGAUUGCUUCAUCAAUUGCGAUUAUGAUGAUGAUCUUUAUAUAAUGGACAUUUCGCCUACUGAGAAAGCAUGUUUAUCAAUGCUAUCGCAAGAUACAGAUGAGCUACCUUCUGAAGAUGAAGCUAUUGCGACCUUCAAAUUUAUUAAUGGGCUAGAAGGAUUGCUUACUCAGUUGGUUUCUAAUGACACCGAUACAGCGCGGAUAAGAACGGCCACCUCUGCUUUAAAUAAUGAUUAUAAUUCAGUUUCUUGUGUGCCAGCUUUUGUUCACAUAUUAUCGAGUUCUCCAAGUUGGCAGGUACGGCAGCUUGCAGCUAUCGAAUUAAGGAAGCGCGGUCCUAAAUGGUGGUCAAAAAUUGAUGUAAAUUCACAAUCAGCGAUCAAAUCACGUUUGCUUGAGAUUAUCUUACAAGAACCGGAAAAUAUUGUACGUCAUGCUACUGCACGUGUUAUAUCAUCCAUCGGUAAAAUCGAAAUACCAGCUGGCAAUUGGAAUGAUUUGCUUCAAUUCUUAUACCAAUGUUGUAAAAGUCAAAAUGCUGGUCAACGUGAGGUCGGGAUAUUCGUUCUUUUUACUUUGCUGGAAGUCAUGGAAGAUGUGUUUGCGGAUAAUCUUCUUCAAUUAUUACAAUUAUUUGGCGAUGCUCUCAACGACCCUGAAAGUCAAUCUGUUCGUGUAACCACUAUGCAAGCUUUAGGAAGAAUCGCAGAAUUUAUAGAGCCAGAUAAAAAAGAAGAGAUUCAAAUUUUUCGAGAUUUAAUACCCCCUAUGGUUAACAUUCUUGUACAAUGUUUAAAAGACGGUGAUAGUGACUCUACAAUUAAAGGUUUUGAGCUAUUUGAAACACUGCUCAUGAUGGAUGCUCCUCUUUUGUCAAAUCAUUUACCACAACUUAUUGAAUUUGCCUUGACUGUGGCACGCAAUAUUGAAUACGAUGAACCCGUUCGUAUAAUAGCUUUACAAUUUUUAAUAUGGGUUGCUACAUAUAAAAAAGCUAAAAUUCAAAGACUUAAGCUCAUCGGUCCCAUUAUCCAAGAAUUAAUGCCAAUUGGUACUGAAAAUGACCCUGAAGAUAUAGACGAAGAGUCACCGUCUAGAAUGUCUUUUAGAGUAAUAAAUUCUUUGGCGACGAAAUUGCCACCCCAACAAGUUUUUCCUGUUGCUAUGGAUUACAUUACCGCAUACGUUCAAAAUUCUAAUCCAAAAUUCAGGAAAGCUGGAAUGAUGGCUUUUGCAGUUCUUAUUGAAGGAUGUGCAGAUUAUAUACGCCCAAAAUUCAAUGACUUAUUACCCAUUGUUUACAAUGGUUUACGCGAUCCUGAAAUUAUUGUUCGUAGAGGUGCUUGCUUAGCGCUAAGCUGUUUAGCAGAGGAACUAGAUCAAGAGAUUGCUGCAAAUCAUGCAACUUUGUUACCAUUGAUCUUUGAACUUACGAACGACACAAGCACUGAGAUUGUAAAACAAGCUUGCAAUGCGCUUGAUCUUAUUUUAGAAGGAUUAGGUGAUGAAAUUCUUCAAUAUUUACCUGCAGUGAUGGAGAGGCUUCUUAUUUUAAUGGAUAAUGGCCCAAAUGGAAUAAAAGAUGCCGUUAUUGCGGCCAUUGGAAGUGCUGCUCAUGCAGCUGGCGAAGAAUUUAAGCCAUAUUUCCAACAAGUGAUCAGUCGACUACAGAUAUUAAUGUCACUAAGUCAAACAGAAGAAGACAUUGUUUUACGUGGAGUAGCUACGGACACUGUGGGCGCAAUUGCUGAGGCAGUGGGAAAGGAAGUGAUACAACCGUAUGUUGAUGAUAUUAUGCGUCUAGCUAUUGAAGGUCUGCAUAAGGACUCGGCACGUCUUCGCGAGUGUAGUUAUUGUUUAUUUGCGGUCUUAUCUCGAGUAUUUAAAGAAGAAUUCGCAUCAUAUUUAAGCACGAUUAUGCCACAAUUAAUAAAAAGUUGUCAAAUGGAAGAACAUACUAUACUUAGUGUAGAAGAGGAGGAGGAUCUAUGUGACUUGGAUAUUGAUGAUGAGGAGGAUACCGAAAUUACUAUCGGUUCUGCA